AUGACGAUACUCACUGAUGAUGCCGACUACGAUGCCGGCGAAACGUUUAAGAAUGUACCGCGUCCACGGUUCAACGUUGGAAAUGAUCAUGCAGACAAUGAACUCCGGACUAGGUAUGUAGAAAAACUGGGUUUCGAAGAAUCUCUUAAUAGAUUGAUGCUGGAGUACCUUUCAGCUCGUUUGAAGAGGCGAGUGGAAGAGAUUCGUAAGUUGGUUUUACCGGAAGCUGUAGAGGGUUGCAAUAGAGCUGUGGUUGGAUUUGUACUGAUAGGUCUUCGGCGCACAGGGUUCGCAGGACGUUUUGCUGAGGACAUAUUAGCACAAAUCUACAAUCACAGCUCUGAGCCAAUUACCUUACAGCUUUCGAUGGAACCAAUUUACAAAUCCCUUCCCCUCGGCUCUUUAAACGAAAUGAAAGUUUCUCUAACAUUUAAUCACCUUAUGUGA